AUGCUCAUGGACACGAUGGAAGAUGAGAAGGAAAAAUUGAAAUUCAAGGAAUUUUGUCAGAAAGAAGGUGGAAUGGAAAUCUUUUUGUUCAUGGACAAGACAUUGGACUUUGUCAAGUUGUGUAAAAAACAAGAAGAGAUUUUAAAAAAACAUCCUGAACUUAUUUCUCAAUUGGAUCGUGAGGAGAAACACAACUCUUCGAUUGAGAAUUCAAAAAAGAAAUACAAAGCUUCAAAUGCAACAAAACAAGAAUUACCGAAUAAGCACAAUACAUCCUCGGAACAACAAUUAUGGAAAGAGAUUGAAAAGGAAAAAUACGAACUAGUCUUUGAAAUAAUUUCAGAAUAUCUAGAUGGGGAUGUAGGAGAGUGUCCACUGGUCGUGAGUGGACACAUUCAUGACUCUCUCAUCAAACAAGUCGAUGCAUUUGAUAUUGACAAAGUUCAAACGUAUUUUAAGAGUUCCUUAUUCGAUGCCAUUCAAAAAGAAAUCUCAAAUGCUUAUUUGAAUAUUUUACAUUUUAGGUUCAAACAUUUGAAGGAAGAGAGAAAGACGGAUCACAAUGUUGAGGUGAAGAUUCAAGCAUAA